CCGCCAGUAAACAAGGCUCCGGGGCGGGGCGUGGUACUUGCGCCGGCAAAUACGCUGCUCCCGGAUUGGCUGCUCGGAGAGGCGCGAGGUUGGCGGGAGAUUUGUGGCCUCCGGCGGCUUGGAGAGCGGUCUCAGCGGCUAUGGCCUCUUCUUGGCGGGUGCGGACCCCCAGAAACGUGGGUGCUAGAUAUUCAAAGAACACUGUAGGAAGAACACGUUCCACAGAAGCUAAAGCCGUCCAUCUGCACAAGCCCACUGAAGUAUAUGACUUUUCUGAUAAUUCUAAUGUCUCAAGCAUGGGCAAGUUGAGUGAAAACGAGAAAGAUGAAGAACCUUAUGAAUCCUUUGCGCCGCCUCUGCACAGCACGGCCAUAGACGCGGACGAAGGCGAGCUCCCCGUGCGCUGCAGCCCGCGGCUCUGCCCGGCGGCCGGGAGGAGUUCAAACACUUCUGAAACUGAAGAAAGUGAACACGAGUUCAUAGAAAUUAGUGCAAAAAAGCCAAGAAGAAAGCCCAAGCCCAUUAGUGAUGAAUCUGAGAGUUGUAACGAAAGGGAUGUGAUCAUAGAAGGUAAACCAGCCGAGAAAAUAAGUAGCCAGCAACAUGGAGCUACGUCACCUUCAGAACUUCCAGAGAAGGUGGCUGAACUUGGCACUCCUAAAACGGUAGGACCUCUACGCGCCAAGUCCUCCGUUGAAAAAGAGACCCUGGCAACAGAAAGUCAGCUGAAAAUUCAGAAAAAGGAGAAGGUGUUUCAUGGCAAAAGAAAGAAAUCAAGAAAUGAAGCCAUAAACUCAGAUAUUUCUGACUGUGCACAUGUUUGGUGUCUGAAAGGAAAGAGAAGCAGCGACAUCAUGGAGUUAGAUGUUGUUUUGUCAGCAUUGGAGAAAACCAUUCCAGAGUACAAACAAAAUAUAGAAUCUAAAAUUUGCAGGGAAGCGAUCAACAAAUUUCAUUCUACUCUGAAAGAAGAACUCAUGAGAACACUUAUUGAAGCCCAGAAGUUGAAAACCCUGAAAAGGAAGAAUGCUAAGAUGACUUCAGAUAUUGAAAAGAAAAGGCAGCGUUUGAUUGAAGUCCAGAAUGAACUGCUUUGGUUAGAACCACAGCUGAAACAACUACAAAUGAAAUAUGAUGAACUUAAGGAGAGAAAAUCUUCUCUUAGGAAUGCAGCACAUUUCUUAUCUAAUUUAAAACAGCUCCAUCAAGAUUAUUCAGGUGUUCGAGAGAGCGAGCCACACGUAAAGGAGACGUAUGAUUCAUCCAGCCUUCCAGCUUUGUUGUUCAAAGGAAGAACCCUUUUAGGAGCUCAGAGCCAUCUGCAGAACAUCAACUAUCAGUUAGAGAGGCUCCUUGAGCGGGAAUGAGACCAUAUAAAGAGAAGCCCCACCUGGCGCCUGGUGCCUUCUGAAACUGCUUUUUAUUGUUAA